UUUUUCACUAAGACAAACACAUGUGUCUGCCUUUCUGCUUCUUAAUACAACGGUGAAACUGGAGAAUAUACGUUUUUCCAGUGGGCCAUAAAACCACUGUAUAAAACGCGAAAGAGUCAGAAAGAGUCGUUGCAAAUGGGGAAACUGGGCCGAGUUUGUGAUACUGGUUACGCAAGUUCAUAUCCUAUCAUAAAUUCUCAUUGCGUCAGAACCAACAUUGCCGAAGUCUACUGUGGUUAUUUUUACAGCGUGAAAUCAUGUCUUUUGCAAUGGGUUUAUCGAGAUUUUCAGCAAAGAACGCUCUCAAUACUUUGCGGUGUGCAAAUAUCACACGUUCGUUUUCGAGGAUUAAUAGAAGUACAUUGAGUCAAACAAUCUCCACUCAUAAUGCACCAUUCAGAUCUUAUGCUUCUGAUGUACGUGGAGCAGUUUGUGGCAUUGAUCUUGGUACAACAAACUCAUGUGUUGCUGUUAUGGAAGGCAAAACACCUAAGGUGAUUGAAAAUGCUGAGGGAGCAGGGACGACUCCAUCAGUUGUAGCAUUUGCAUCAGAUGGAGAAAGACUUGUUGGAGCACCAAAACGACAGGCAGUGACCAAUCCUCAAAAUACCCUUUAUGCAACAAAAAGAUACAUAGGAAGACGCUUUAAUGAUUCUGAAGUUCAAAAAGAUCUUAAAAACCUUUCAUUUAAAAUUGUAAAGGCAUCAAAUGGCGAUGCUUGGUUUGAUGUUCAAGGGAAAAUGUACUCACCUAGUCAAAUUGGUGCAUUUGUUUUGAUGAAAAUGAAAGAAACUGCUGAAAGUUUCUUGAACACAACUGUACAAAAUGCAGUUGUCACUGUACCUGCCUAUUUUAACGAUUUUCAAAGACAGGCAACAAAAGAUGCCGGCCAGAUUGCAGGUUUGAAUGUCCUUCGUGUCAUCAAUGAGCCUACAGCUGCAGCGCUUGCUUAUGGAAUGGAUAGAGCAGAAGAUAAAAUCUUAGCUGUUUAUGAUCUUGGUGGUGGUACAUUUGAUGUGUCCAUCUUGGAAAUCCAAAAGGGUGUAUUUGAAGUGAAAGCAACAAAUGGUGAUACUUAUUUGGGUGGUGAAGAUUUUGAUAAUGCUCUUCUUCAGUAUCUUGUAAAAGAAUUCAAAAGAGAGUCAGGAAUUGAUCUUACGAAGGACAACAUGGCAAUUCAAAGAUUAAGAGAAGCUGCUGAAAAAGCAAAGAUUGAGUUAUCGUCGUCGAUACAAACGGAUAUCAAUCUACCUUACAUUACUAUUGGAGCGUCAGGACCCCAGCACAUGAACAUGAAAUUAACAAGAGCAAAAUUUGAGUCACUUGUUGCUGAUUUGAUUCAAAGAACUGUUGAACCUUGUAAAAAAUGUAUGAAGGAUGCUGAUUGUACAAUGUCAGAUAUUGGAGAAGUGUUGUUGGUUGGUGGUAUGACAAGGAUGCCUAAGGUGCAAGAACUUGUGAAGGAGAUAUUUGGUCGUUCGCCAAGUAAGGCUGUAAAUCCGGACGAAGCUGUUGCUUUAGGAGCGGCCAUUCAAGGUGGAGUUCUUGCUGGUGAUGUGAAAGACGUUCUUCUGUUGGAUGUUACACCUUUAUCCCUUGGCAUUGAGACGCUUGGUGGUGUCUUUACCAAGCUCAUAGAGAGAAACACGACUAUUCCUACGAAAAAGAGCCAGGUGUUCUCCACCGCAGCUGAUGGUCAGACGCAAGUGGAAAUUAAGGUUUGUCAAGGUGAACGUGAAAUGGCUUCAGAUAAUAAAACUUUGGGACAGUUUUCUUUGGUUGGCAUCCCACCUGCACCGCGUGGUAUACCACAAAUUGACGUCACGUUCGACAUUGAUGCUAAUGGCAUUGUCAACGUGUCCGCUCGUGAUAAGGGAACUGGAAAAGAACAACAGAUUGUCAUCCAAUCUUCUGGUGGUUUGAACAAAGAUGAGAUUGAAAAUAUGAUUAAACAAGCUGAAAUGUAUGCAGAAAGUGACAGAGAAAGAAAGGAAAAAACUGAAGCAGUCAACCAUGCUGAAAGCAUUUUACAUGACACAGAAUCGAAAAUUGAAGAGUUCAAAGAUCAGUUGCCACAAGACGAGGUUGCCAGUUUGAAGGAGGAAAUUACCAAAGUACGCGAGGUGUUGGCAAACACCGAGAAUUCUUCUGCGGAAGAAAUUAAAGAGCGAUGUAACGAAUUACAACAGAAGUCACUCAAAUUAUUUGAGAUGGCUUAUAAAAAGAUGGCUUCGGAAAAAGAAGAUAGCUCGCACAAAGAAGAUAGCUCGCAAACAAGUGAACAGCCUGAACAUGAAAAAAAACAAGGCGAAAACUAAAACGGCCUCCAUUUCAUUAGUAACAUGCACUCAAUAAACGAAGGAUGUGCUAUGAAACCAGCGAAACGAAUAAGAAGAUCCAGACGUCCGUGCUUAAAGCAAGAAUGUUGUUAUGUUUGCCAGAGUUUUGAGAGCAGAGUUAGUGAUAGCACAUGUCACUUGUGGUAAAACCUUUCUUUAUUUACAGCGGUCGUUUUUCAUUCUUAACAAUUUAUCGUGCGUUUCAAAACUUAGCUGCUUCGGUGUUGUUAAAGAAUGCUGACCUAGUUUUUUUCUGGUAAUGUAGCGUUUUUUCAUGAAAAAUAAUGUGGGUUGUUUUUCGUGUUCCUGGAAACGGGGGCACAUUGUUUACUGUUUAUAGUAAUGAAAAAGGAAUUGUAUGAUAAAUGGAUUCCAUAUAUAAACAUUAAACUUUUUCUGGCAUACAAUAA